ACGAAAAAUUACUAAAGAUAGUUUAAAUGAUGAAAAUAAUGAAACUGAAAUAUUUGAUGAAGAAGAUAAUUUAUUAAUUAGUAAUGUUUUGGAUUUAAAUAAGUUUUGUAGUGAUUUAGAUGAAUUAGAAUUUAGUAUGGAUGAAGAAUAUAAUGUUGAAGAAAAUUAUAGUGAAGUAGAAGCUAUUUCAAAUCUAACUCAAGAGGCUCAAGAAAAU